GUCGUCUAUAAGGUUCACCAGAAGUCACAUCAUGUGUUCAAGAGACAAGCGGACGAGCAGCUGCGGAUGAAGAUUGUGUAUGACGGCAGCAUCGACGCCCUGAUCCCAGCAAGGAGAAGACUUGUCAAAAAUAGGCUCUUCCCACAAGCAAUCUCCUAUUUACAGAAGACGUUUCAAGUGCGCAGACCAAGUGGCUCCAUAUUACUGAGCAGACAAUGUGCAAGGAAUCAAUAUGUGAGGAAAAAGUCAGAUACCCAGAGAUACUGCCAUGAAGGCUGCGCUGAGCACACGCGAUGCGGUCCGGUCAUUGUCCCGGAGGAACAUCUCCAGCAAUGCUUCCUGUGCCGCAACAAGUUCUGCGGAGCAUCCGGGCCCCCUGAUAGUGGAGGGAUUCGAGAUGCAGACUUCAUCCUCUACGUCAGCGCCAUCACAACGGAAAGAUGCAGCCAGGAGAACAUUGUGGCGUAUGCGGCCUAUUGUCAGCUGGAAGCAGAUAUGGACAGGCCCAUUGCAGGAUAUGCCAACCUGUGCCCCAACAUGAUCUCCAUCCAGCCCCAGGAAUUUGCUGGAAUGUUAUCCACUGUGAAGCACGAGAUAAUUCACGCUCUGGGAUUUUCAGCUGGUCUCUUUGCAUUAUAUUAUGAUGACAAUGGGGAACCUCUGACACCGAGGAACAUAAAUGGUUUCCCUAUCUUCAAUGAGAGCAUUGGUGUUUACCAGUGGAGUGAUAAAGUCGUUCGCACUGUGACAAGAAACUGGGAUGUUAGAGGCUCCAAAAUGGUUCCACACAAUGUCUACCUGCUGGUCACUCCAAGGGUCACUGAGGAGGUGCGGAAUCACUUUGACUGCCCAAUACUGGAGGGAAUGGAGCUGGAGAACCAGGGCGGUAUCGGGACAGAGCUGAAUCACUGGGAGAAGCGGCUGCUGGAGAAUGAAGCCAUGACCGGCUCCCACACACAGAAUAGAGUCUUCUCUAGGAUCACCCUUGCACUGAUGGAGGAUACGGGCUGGUACAGAGCUAACUACAGCAUGGCACAGAAACUGGAGUGGGGACGAGGGAAAGGAUGUGACUUUGCAAUGAAAAGCUGCAAGAUCUGGAUUGAUCAGCAGAGCAGAAAGAAGAAAAAUGUCAGCCCCUUCUGCAAUGCCCUGCGAGGAAAUCCUUUAAAACUGGCCUGCCGGCAGGACCAGAGGGCGGUGGCGAUAUGUAACCUACAGAGGUUCCCCAAGAGCCUCCCCCAAGAAUAUCAGUAUUUUGACUACAUUCCUGGAGUGGUAGAAGAAGAUCUGGCUUAUUAUGGAGGAGCAGUAGAGAUUGCUGACUUUUGCCCCUUCACCCAGGAGUUCAGCUGGCAUUUGAGCGGAGAAUACCAGAGAAGCUCGGACUGCACCAUGGCCCAGAACCAGCCCGCUGCAACCAGGAAUUAUGGAGCAGAGCGCUACGGUCCCGCGUCGGUCUGUGUGGAGCAGAAAGCGGCAUUUGUCAUUGAGCAGUGCACGAAAAGGAUGAGUUACCCCGACUGGGGCAGCGGCUGCUAUCAGGUGAGCUGCACCCCAGAAGGCCUGCAGAUUUGGCUGGAAGAUGAACCCUACCUGUGCAGCCGGGCCGGGCAGGUACUCACUGUCAGCACUCAGAUCAGCGGCUGGUAUUAUGAGGGGAAACUUGUCUGCCCAUCCUGUUGGGAUGUCUGUGACUUCUGCCCUCCGGAACGUGAUCCCCCUCCAGACAACAGGACGAGAGCCGCCCCUCUAGAUCUCUGCUCUCGUUCUUCAAACCUGGUGGUCACCCUGUGGCUUCUAAUGCUGAACUUACUCCCCCUGCUGGCAGGGUUUUUUCUUUGUGUGUACAAGUGACAGAUGCUGCAGUUGACCUCUCCGUGUCCUGGUGACACCCGCUGCACUUUAUAUAGACAGAUAUGUGGAUGUGCCACGUGCUGGACCUGGGCAUUACAGGUGUCUAUGGGGCAAAGAAUCAUCAAUUCUCAAAUGUUUACCUGACUCCAUCCUAGAGCUUUGCACAUGUAAACGAGACUCUCUGAGACCCUGAGAGAGGUGUUGGCAAACCUCUAACCAUAGCUGUGGGGUUUACUAUAUACUUGAUGUGAUCUUUAGUAGUAAGCUCAAAACCAUGCAGUAAUCUCUGUAUGUUCACUUUACAGCUCCUACAUUGUGCCAUGUGGACAGCUGUGUUCUGCCCCUAUAUAGGGACGUUUUGCCAGUCCAUGACCAUCGAGAAGCAGGUCUAUAUUGUAUAUUGUAAGUAGCAUACAGUCCUUCAAAACCAGGAGCAUACAGUACCUCCCCCUGUGGGGCAGAGCUAUGCCAAAUUUGGCACAAGUUUCUUCCCCUAAGGAGAAGGACUGUGAUGCAUGUGGCAUAAGUCCCUCCCCUGAAGAGCCGGGCUACACUCCAUAUAGCAUACAGUCCCUCCUGGGAAGAGUAGUCGGCCCCCUGAGAAGCAGGGCAAUGCCAUAUGUGGCAUAUUUUACUACAUUACAUUCCCUUUAAUGCACUUUUUAAGUACUCGUCCCAUCCCUCAUGAGGAAAGCUAAAUCAUCACAGAAUGAAAAGUCUGCAACUUUCUUGUUUUAUUUGUCCAAUUCCUCAUUAUUUUCAAGAUAUCUGCUUCUUGUAUCCAACUAUUGUUGUGCUCCAUAUACAUAUCACUCCUAAUACUAACACUCCUCAUCAAAAGUAAGCAGACAUUUUGACAGCGAUGAUAAAUUGAAUCCAAAAAGUAUUAGAAAGUUACAGGACUUUUUCUCUAAGUAUCGAUGAAGCUUUCUUUACAUUAAACUGGCCUGGCCCUUUAAGUCUUCUACAAUGCACUGUACGUGGGUCAGAUUGUGGAGGGACACGACUAAUUUAUUACGGUUUGCUCCUGAUUCAUGGAACCUUUGAAGAUGUAUUAUAUGACUAGAGAGGAAGUCUCCAGAUCGGGUGCAGUGCAAUAGAAAUGUACAACUGGGCUUCUUUUUUUUUUUUAUAUACACUGCUCAAAAAAAUAAAGUGAACCCUAAGAUA